CGAGGCCGGCCUCCACGCAGCCUUCUUAAGGCCGGCACCGCGCACAGCUCAACACCACAACACAACAACAAGCUUGUCAGUUACUGCACACAUCCCCUGCACCUCACCCUCUUGUCUUCAUUAGGGCUGGAGAAGUCGGUCGUGAGCAUUUCCCGACACACGCCCACAGCUUACUAAUCGAAGUUGCUUCUGUUCUCCAGCAGGUAAGCUUGAUCACGAGCUGCCUACAAAUAGGCGACUGUAAACUAUAUGCUCCAGAGGCGGUGGCGAGCUUGACAGCUGAGCGUGCGGGCUGCCGAUUGUCAGCUCUAAGGAUGCUAUACGAGCGGUGACCGGUGCCUUGACUCCCGCGAUAUCCAUGGCCCCGUUGCGCAGGCCAAAACUCGUAACCAUGGCGAAUGCAAGGGCAUCACGGGCGCCUACUGGGGCUUUGGUACUCGCGCUGAGCAUCCUGUGCUUUGCGGCACUCAGCAUGCGAGGUGCUGACGCCCGUCCUGGCCCCGGCGGCAAGGACCUGUUAAAUGGCACCCGGCCUGAGUUCAAUGGCACUCGCCCCGACUUCAACGGCACCCACCCUGACUUCAACGGCACCCGCCCUGACUGCAAUGGCACCUGCAACGGCACCUUCCCUGACUUCAAUGGCACCAAGCCUGAGGGCGGUCGCGGCGGCUCCCACCGUGGUCUGCGUGGCGGCGGCGACCGUGGCAGUCGUGAUGGUGACUUCAACGGCACCCGGCCUGAGUUCAAUGGCACUCGCCCCGACUUCAACGGCACCCACCCUGACUUCAACGGCACCCGCCCCGACUGCAAUGGCACCCGCAACGGCACCCUCCCUGACUUAAAUGGCACCAAGCCCGAUGGCGGUCGCGGCGGCUCCCACCAUGGUCUGCGUGGCGGCGGCGACCGUGGCAGUCGUGAUGGUGACUUCAAUGGCACCCGGCCUGAGUUCAAUGGCACUCGCCCCGACUUCAACGGCACCCGCCCCGACUGCAAUGGCACCCGCAACGGCACCCUCCCUGACUUAAAUGGCACCAAGCCCGAUGGCGGUCGCGGCGGCUCCCACCGUGGUCUGCGUGGCGGCGGCGACCGUGGCAGUCGUGAUGGUGACUUCAAUGGCACCCGGCCUGAGUUCAAUGGCACUCGCCCCGACUUCAACGGCACCCACCCUGACUUCAACGGCACCCGCCCCGACUGCAAUGGCACCCGCAAUGGCACCCUCCCUGACUUAAAUGGCACCAAGCCUGAGGGCGGUCGCGGCGGCUCCCACCGUGGUCUGCGUGGCGGCGGCGACCGUGGCGGUCGUGAUGGCGACUUCAACGGCACCCAUCCUGAGUUUAAUGGCACUCGCCCCGACUUCAACAGGGGGGGGCCCGAGGGCGGUCGCGGCGGCUCCCACCGUGGUCUGCGUGGCGGCGGCGACCGUGGCGGUCGUGAUGGCGACUUCAACGGCACCCAUCCUGAGUUUAAUGGCACUCGCCCCGACUUCAACGGCACCCACCCUGACUUCAAUGGCACCCGCCCCGACUGCAAUGGCACCCGCAACGGCACCCUCCUUGACUUCAAUGGCACCAAGCCCGAGGGCGGUCGCGGCGGCUCCCACCGUGGUCUGCGUGGCGGCGGCGACCGUGGCGGUCGUGAUGGCGACUUCAACGGCACCCAUCCUGAGUUUAAUGGCACUCGCCCCGACUUCAACGGCACCCACCCUGACUUCAAUGGCACCCGCCCCGACUGCAAUGGCACCCGCAACGGCACCCUCCUUGACUUCAAUGGCACCAAGCCCGAGGGCGGUCGCGGCGGCUCCCACCGUGGUCUGCGUGGCGGUGGAAGCGGCGGCGGCAGCUCCACCGACAGCGGCAGCAGCAGCCCGCGUCCCUCCCGCCCGCCUCGCCCAGCUGACAUGGCCAUGCCGUUGCGCCCUGAGCACGGCUCGGUGCCGGAGUCAUCUCGCCCGCCUCGGCCCCCGGGCGCAAAGACCGCCAGGCCUCCCAAGCCGUCAGCACGGCGGUCGGUGUCAAUCGACUGCUCUCGGCGAGCUCUACAAUUGUAUACCUCCGGUUCAGCUGGAGGCACAACUUGACUGGCAGCCAUGCCACACAUGUCCAUGUGUCCAUGGCCGACCACCGACCCUUCUGUCAGACUACCGGGGCGUGCACUUAAGCUGACAAUUGCGCUGUACAUAUGAUGUUUGGGAUUGUGUGCCGAAAGAGAUUGGUCGACUUUCUCCCGGGAUCAUGUGAAGAAUCCCGGGAUUCAUGUCACGCUCGAUGGCCGGCGGCAGCCUUGUCGCCAUGACCCACACGAAGCCCUGGCCGUUACACGUUAGCAUCAGAUCGCAUAGUCUCCAUGACACCAGUGAGAGACGCUCGAGUGGGGCUCUACGCUACUACGAUGCCGAUGUGGACGGACAUGCGGCCGCUUUCCAGAGGCCAAACGUUCUGCAAAUGCUUUGGUAUGCGCAUGCUAACGUGUGCUAGUACUUGUGCUAAUGGGCGGAGCGUUUAGAGGGGCGUUUAGGGUGCAGAGACGAAAUCUGGCAGUCCCACCCACAUCCACGUGACGAAACCUUGGGGACCCCCAACCCCGACGACCGACCCUGAACUUUGAGGGCCCAUAACUUUGCAAUUACUACCCUGAUUGAAACUCUGAAAGUGGAUUUGGAGUCCUCUCGUCAAGCUCUUUCGUUUUAGAACAUGGGGCCUUUCCCAGUCGAAACUACCCCCCCCCUGCAGGAACGGAGUGCUGUAGUAGGUUAGGCAAGCUAGGCAAGAGUUGCAAGACCGUGCAUGUACUGACAAUGUAUGGCUCAUGGCUGAACGCGAUUCCCUUUUGAAGUAAAUACAGUUAUUGGACGACUAUGUGCAGCCGCACGCUACGCAACCUUGCAUGGUGUGAUGAUGCGUAGGUGCAGCCGUGCGUGUGGAUGAGAAGACGAGGCGGGCAGUGCUCCGCAAGUGGGGUAGCGUGGUGGCGUGGACGCGUGCGUAGCAAUGGCAGUAUUAACACAUGACACAUACAUACACUUGCGAUCUGGUCUACGUACGCAUUACUUCCGCAACGCGUGUCGAUAACUGUGUAACAUAUGCUAGAU